AUGAAUACAAUAAAUAAUUUACAAAUUAUUCAUGAUACAACAGAUAAAUUAAAAAAUACAAUCGAAAUGAAAUUACAUAAUGAUAAUUAUAUUAAUGAGGGUUUUCGAAAAAGCAUUGGAAAUUAUCAAGUUCAUUAUAUGCCUUCAAAUCAACAGAACGAAACUAUUAACUAUAGUAAAAAUAGUAAAGAUAUAGGUGGGAACAUCAUAAUUAUAAAUGAGAAAAUUGAAAAAUUUUGUACCAACACCAAACAUAUUUUAACAGGCUAUAAUAAUAUCAUUGGUAUUAGAAAUAUGGAAAAAUCUAUUGAGCGUCUUAACAAUAAUAAUUAUAUUGAGAAUACUGAAAAGGGUAUCAUGAAUAUGCAUAAUAUAAAUUACACUUUUAGUAGCACUGACAAUGAUAAAAAUUCUUUUGGUGAUUGUCUUGGCAAAAUUUGUAAAAACCAGGAUAAAAUGAACGAAGAAAAUAAUGAUCACUAUAAUAAAAAAAGUAAUAUUACCAUUAUAGAUAAUAAGAAAGAUGAUAGUAAUGUCGAUAUUAGUGAUAAUAAUUAUAACGAACAAAAUAAUAAAUGCUUACAUAAAACUAAUAGUAACACAUUUAUGGUGCUCCACAAUGACAAUGGUGAAGAAAUUUGCAAAAAUGUAUACGAACAAAAAAACGAUGAACAUGAUAUAGAAAUUAGUUCUGCUUCAUCCAACAAAGACAAUAAAAUAUAUAUGCCUGAAGAAUGCAAAAGGAAUACAAUUGCAAUUAACUAUAAAGAAAGGUUAUUAAAAAAUGAGAUUGCAACAAAACAAAAGGCUGAAAAAAUAUUGAGCAAUGAAAUAAUUUCUACAAACUCUGAUGAUAAUAAAAAUAAAAGCAUAAAAUGUCAUGAAGAAAACAAAAAAAAGAAUUAUACUAAAUUAGAUCACUGUUUAAAAAUAAAAUCAUGUUUAGAUAAUAAAAAUUUGAUUGUGUGUGGAAAUUUUAAAAUAAAAGAUGAUGGUAUAAAAAAUAUAGACUCGACGACUGAAGAUAGUACCCAGGAACAUGAUGGAAUUUUACACACUAUAAAAAAAAAUGUACACUGUUGCGAAAACUUUCAAAUGAUAAGUUCAUCAAAUAAUUCCAGUUUAGAAAAAAGUUCAAUAAUUCAAACAAAUACCACUGAUGAGAAAAUUGUAAAUAUAGUUAAAAUAGCAUAUAAACAAAAAAUAAAAGAUAGUCAUGAUAUAACACGCGAAUCUUGUAAUAAUGAACAUAGCGAUCUAUAUAUGUUAAGUACUCAAGAAAACAGUGAUAUAGAAAAUAAUAUUUCCAAUUAUAGUUAUUCAUUGAAUAAAAAAAAUAUCCAUAAUCCAAAUGAAGGCGAUGGGCAUGAGCAUAAAGAAAUAUAUGAUAAUAAAUCACUUAUAGAAAUGAAAAAUCCUUUUAAAGAUUCUCUAAAUGUUCCUAUGUCAAGAUUAGCUAGUGAUCAGAUUUUUCACAAAAAUAAUAAAUUACCAUCGUUUAAAAAUGAAAAAAAAUUAUGUAGUUCAGGUAUAUUAGAAUUAAACCAUAAAACAAAUAGUGAAAAUAAUUUGUUAUCUCGAAAUAUGUUAUAUAACCAUAAUAAAAUAUUCAAUAAUGUAUUCCAUCAAAACAAAAACUAUAAUAUUGAUGAAUCAAGAAGAAAUCAAAGAGAUGAUCAAAUAAAAGAUACAUAUUUCAUUAAAAUGUCAAAAAUAUUUUCUAACUCAAAUGAUGAAUAUACAAAAUGGGCUUUAAAAGAUGAACAUAUGGACAAGACCGAAAAAAAAGACAAUCAAAUUGAUGAUAGUGGUAAUGAUAAACAAAUUAGCAAUUUACCAAAUGACCUAAAAGAAAAUUAUAAUGAUGUAGUAAAAAAUGAAGAAAUUAAAUGCCAUGUUGAAAUAUCAUCGGAUGCUUACAAUAAUUUAAUAGAUGGGUAUAGUGAAAAUAUUCAAAAUAUAAGCACGAUAAGAAAAGACAAAAUGAAUACAAAAGAUGUAGAUGAAAAGGAUUGUGAUAAAUCCUAUUUUUGUUGCCCUGUAAAAGAGAAGACACCAAUUCCUAAUUCUACAAAUAAAGGGCUAUUAAAUACGAUAUUUCGAAAAUUUACAUUUAAGAAAAGUAAUAAAUUUAUGACAAAAUCAAAAAAUAAUUCUAACCAUAUACGAGAAAAAUUGCCUAAUAAGAAUUAUAAUAUCCCUAAAAAAUCUUUGUCAUUGCAUCCAUAUUAUUUUGGGUCUAAAGUAAAACCCAGUAUAUUACUUCAAAAGGCAACAUUGAAAAAUGAGAACAAAAAAGACAAUAAUUCCAUACAUAAUAUAAAAGCAAAUUUUAAUAAGUUAACAUCACUUUAUUCAGCAGAUAUAGAUAAAAAUAUAAUUAGAAACACUCAAAAAAUACCACAAAUAUAUAAUAAUAAACAUGUGAAUUUAUAUAAAUAUUGUGAAGCAGUAAUACAUAAUAAUAAAGGGAACCUCAAUGUAUUAAAUAAUACGGGCGAAAUUCUUAAAACAUACCCUAAGUGUGAAUUAAUAUGUAGGAUUCCCAAUAAACAAAUUAAUUGUAUUCAUUAUAAAAGGUUUCCAACCCCUAAGAGAUUAAUUACAACCCCACUGUAA